AUGUUCAGCUCCAAACUGACCCUCUUCGUUUCGACACUUGUCUCGCUCGUUGCGGCGACGACAACCACCACGGUGGUCACCGGAGCAGCAGCGGCACCUACCAGUGUCCAAGACGUUCUCAACAGCCUGAAGACCACAACCGACGCUAUCCUCCCUCAAAUCGACGCUCUCGUGGCGAACAAGACCGCGACGAAUACCACAGUCGCUCCUCUCCUCAACCAAGUCAUCUCAGCCGUCGAUACCGCUACUUCGUCCAUUUUUUCCCAAGGUCUCGCGGGGAGUAACAAUACCAACGAUUUGGCUACUCUUGCUUCGGGCAUUAUGAAGGAUAUCAACACCAGCAUGCAAGGCGUCAAGAACUCGGGUUGCCACCUCGAUGGCCUCUUGGCAGUCAUUGCCGUAACCCUGACCAAACUUCUCUGCACGCUCGAGGUUGUCGUUCCUGGGUUGCUCAAGGUCGUUGCAUUGUUGCUCAAAGGCGUUGUGGGAACCGUCGUGGUGUUGCUUUGCGGUCUCUUGGGAGUCAUUAUAGGAUAG